CCAAAUAAUACCAUCGGACCUGUCUUGCUCUGAUUACCCUCAAAAAAGAAAACAAAAGAAAAGCAAGAAACAACAAAUUCAUCACCAGCACCAUCUCAGUGGAAAAAAUGGCUUCAAUGGUUGCUCCGGCGAGUAGUGGUUGUAGCUCUCGUUCUCAAGUGUCUUCUUCAUUAACUGUUCAACAAAAGGGAAGUAGGAACAAAAGGAAAUUCCGGGCUGAUCCACCUCUGGGCGAUAUGAAUAAGAUUGUGUCUUUGCCUCAGACUCAGAGUGACUCCUCAAGUUAUGUGUUUUCAGCUGAAAAGUUUGAGAUCAACCCGGGUCAACCACAAUCCAAUGUUUGUGACUUGUGUAGUGUCAAUCUAAACCAUUCUGAUAAUUUAAAACUUGACCUUGGACUGUCUAGCUCUGUAGGUACAUCGGAGGUUGGGCCAAGCCGGCCUAGAGAGGAGGUAGAGGCUGAUGAAUUCCAUGAUGCCGAUUGGAGUGAUCUUACUGAAGCUCAGCUCGAAGAACUUGUUAUAAGUAAUUUGGACACUAUUUUCAGGAGUGCAAUUAAAAAAUUUGUGGCUUGUGGAUACACUGAAGAAGUUGCCACAAAGGCAGUCUUGAGGUCUGGCCAUUGUUAUGGGAGUAAAGACACCGUCUCAAAUAUAGUGGAUAGUACUUUAGCAUUUCUUAGAAGUGGGCAAGAGAUUGAUCCUUCGAGGGAGCACUGUUUUGAUGAUCUACGGCAGCUGGAGGAGUACGUGUUGGCUGAAUUAGUCUGCGUUCUCCGAGAGGUCAGGCCUUUCUUCAGCACCGGGGAUGCCAUGUGGUGCUUGUUAAUCUGUGACAUGAAUGUUUCUCAUGCUUGCGCAAUGGAUGCAUCCUUAAAGAUAAGCAAGGCUAGGGGAGUUGAUGCCCCUCAAGAGGACGGGAAAAACAAUCUUUCUACCAAUGCUGGACCCGCUUUCAUAGUAGCACCAGACUUGGACAAUGGCAAUACCAUUUCUUCCCCUAAGAUAGAUACCCAGUUGACAUUACCUGAAGUUGACACCACAACAGCAUUACCACCAUCAAGUACUCAUCACGCAUUACAAGUUGCCGAUACCGAGCUUUCUCUUUCGCUUUCAUCUAAGAACAACUCUGCUGUAGUGCCAAUGAGUAGUACUAUGGAGGCACCUAAUAGUAGUUAUGCAGGUAUACCGUACGAUAAGUCUCUGGGGCAGUGGGUUCCCCGAGACAGAAAGGAUGAAAUGAUUUUGAAGCUAGUACCAAGAAUAAAGGAACUCCAAAAUCAAAUGCAAGAGUGGACAGAAUGGGCAAAUCAGAAGGUUAUGCAGGCUGCCCGGAGGUUGAGUAAGGACAAGGAGGAACUCAAAACACUUAGGCAAGAGAAAGAAGAAGUUAAACGCCUGAAGAAAGAGAAGCAGACUUUAGAGGAAAAUACCAUGAAGAAGCUCUCUGAGAUGGAGAAUGCCUUGUGCAAAGCUAGUGGGCAAGUUGAGCGUGCUAACUCUGCGGUUCGGAAGCUUGAGGUAGAGAACGCAUUACUGAGGCAGGAGAUGGAGGGUGCAAAACUUCGUGCUGCAGAGUCUGCUGCAAACUGCCAGGAGGUAUCAAAGAGGGAGAAGAAGACACUAAUGGAGUUUCAGUCAUGGGAGAAGCAGAAAGCUUUUUUGCAGGAAGAACUUGCAGCAGAAAAACGUAAACUGACGCAGUUGCUUCGGGAACUAGAGCAAGAGAAGGCUCUCCAGGAACAGUUUGAGGCACGAUGGCAACAGGAGGAGAAAGCCAAGGAAGAAAUACUUGCACAGAUCAGUUCAAUGAAAAAAGAAAGAGAACAGAUUGAGGUUUCAACAAAGUCAAAAGAGGACAUGAUUAAAUUAAAAGCAGAAAACAAUCUACAGAAAUACAAAGAUGAUAUUCAGAAGCUUGAGAAAGAAAUCUCCCAGUUGAGACGGGAGACCGACUCUCCAAAAAUUGCUGCACUUCGGAGAGGCAUUGAUGGAAGCUAUGCUGGAAAACUGACGGACAUCAGAAAUGGCCAGGAUCGCAAGCAGUCGAGGGCACCUUUUACGUCUGAAGCCGUUGCAGGCCUUCAGGUCUUCUUGGAGACGGGCGGGGUAAAACGUGAGAGAGAGUGUGUUAUGUGCCUGUCAGAGGAGAUGUCUGUGGUUUUCCUCCCAUGUGCCCAUCAAGUGGUUUGCACAACUUGCAAUGAACUCCAUGAGAAGCAGGGCAUGAAAGAUUGUCCUUCUUGUAGGAGCCCCAUACAGCGGCGUAUUUCCGUGCGUUAUGCUCGCUCUUGAAUGCAUUUUCUGGAAGUCGAGUUUUUCUGUUUUGAGUUGAGUUAUGAAUAAAAGAUUUUAUGGGACUCCUAUAGAACUGAAUAAUAUACACUUUGAGUUGCUCCUGAAGGGUUUCAGACAAUGAACUUCAUUGUCUUACAUUGCAAGGUUUUUGCUUUUAAUUAUGAGCUUUGCUUGUCAGUGUUUUCUUUUAUUCCCUUGGUCUCCUUAAGAACGAGUUAUAUUGAGGUUCCAUAGGGAGACUCUACCACACCCCCCAAAAAAAAAAAAAAAAAGGGGGUCUUGUCAGCUCUCAUUUCAAAGUUGCCAAGAAUUAUUCAUGAAAUAAUGUUGUAUUAGACCUGAAAAAAAGAAAAAUACUGGCGACUUAAGCUAAUUUGCAACCAAAUUCAUGAACAGAC